AUGGAAUUACUUAAAUCAAGAGUAAUCCGUGCCACUUCAAUUUGUGGCAUAAAUGAUUUUGUUGGUAAUCAUGAAUAUAACAAUUGCAUUUCAGCUGCAAAAGAAAUGUUAUUUGCCAUUUUGGUUUUGAGUUUUGAUGAUAUUAUAAUCAAGCCUGCUUUAGAUGUCGCAUUUAUUAAUUGA